GACAAUCUCACGUCCUCAAAACCCACCCAAAAAUCGUGGCUUCUUCCUCAUUUCUGUGGAAGCCUUCUUCUUUAGGAGUCGUCUUCUUGCUCUACUCGCUCUUCUUCCUAAACAACAUCACCGUCUUUGUUUCCACUCCAUUUCAGGGCAUAGGCGUUUCUGCUUCCACCACUUCUUUCGCUCCCAAUGUGACUCGCCAUGAGGAUGAAGCAGAGGCUCUCUUGAAAUGGAAAUCUAGUCUCGAAAACCACAGCCAGUCUCUCCUAUCUUCAUGGCAUGGUCACAACUCUUGCCACUUUUCGAGUGUCAGUUGCGAUGACUACGGAUUCGUCGCCCAUCUUAAUCUUUCUAAUCUCGGCCUGAGAGGAACCUUAACUGGCCUCGACUUCUCGCGCUUAACCAAGGUGGUUAGCCUUGACUUUUUCAACAACUCGAUCUACGGUCCGAUAACCUCGAGUAUCGGUCCUAUCCCUAAAAGCUUGAGGAAUUGCACUUCAUUAGUUAGAGCGAGGCUCGAAGGAAACAAACUUACUGGGAGUGUAACGGAAGCUUUUGGAAUAUAUCCGCAGCUGAAUUUUAUAGACUUGAGCCACAAUUAUUUGCAUGGUGAACUUUCAUGGAAGUGGGGGCAUUGCCGCAAUUUGACGAGCUUAAGGAUAUCAAACAACAACAUUUCCGGUGAGAUACCCCCGAUAUUUGGAAGGAUGGCGCAGUUACAGGUACUUGACCUUUCUUCAAAUAAUUUAAGCGGAAAGAUUCCGAGGGAAUUGGGAAGCUUGCAACUACUGCUAGAUCUUAUCCUCAACAACAACGGAAUCACAGGUGAUAUUCCCAGUGAAAUUGGAUUUUUAUCUCGACUGGAACGUCUCAACCUGGCAUCAAACAAUCUCAGCGGAGCCAUUCCGCUGCAGCUGAGCCUAUGCACCAAAUUGCUGAGCUUGAACUUGAGCCAAAAUAAAAUCGAAAGAAGCAUUCCUCCUGAGAUAGGCAACGCACGAUUCCUAAGCGUUCUUGAUUUGAGUCAAAAUCUAUUGACCGGAAGAAUACCACCAGAUCUAGGAAAUUUGAGAGUCCUGGAAACUUUCAACAUCUCCCACAAUGACCUCUCUGGUACCAUCCCACAUAGUUUUGCUGACUUAUUGGCAUUAACUUCUGUUGAUGUGUCCUACAAUGAAUUGGAAGGUCCUCUCCCAAAUGUCAAAGCUUUUAAGGAGACUCCAUUUGAAGCAGUUCAGCAUAACAAAGGGCUGUGUGGGAGCGUGAGUGGAUUACAAAAAUGCAAUAUUUCUAACAUGAGCAAGAAACACAAUCGACACAGCAGAGCUAGAAUUUUAAUUAUCCUUGUUCUCUCGUUCUUGGGAUUCCUCGUUCUCUCUUCCUUCUUGAUCUUUCUCGUAAUUGUUAAUCGCCGUCAAAGAAAGGUUAUCGAGAGACAGAGGAAUGCACAAACAGAGACGAAUGAUUUAGAUUUCUUGCAGAUUCUGAGUUUUGAUGGCAAAAUUUUCUACGAACGAAUCGUGGAGGCCACGGAAGGAUUUGACUCCAAGUACUAUUUGGGAGAAGGGGCCUAUGGCGUUGUUUACAGAGCUGAUCUACCAUCAGGUCAAACUGUUGCAGUCAAGAAAAUUCCAUCGUCCCAAGAAGAUGUGACCGUCGACAUCAUUCCUUUUGAAAGGGAAAUUGAAGCCUUAAGAAAUAUUCGCCACCGCAACAUCGUGAAGCUUUACGGGUUCUGCUCUCAUGCACGACAUUGUUUUCUGGUGUACGAGUACGUCGAAAGAGGGAGCCUGAGAACAAUUCUGCAUGAUGAUGAAAGAGCAACAGAGUUUGGCUGGGACAAAAGGAUAAACAUGGUUCGAGCAGUUGCGGAUGCAUUGUCGUAUAUGCAUUACGACUGUUUUCCUCCAUUGAUCCAUCGAGACUUGACCAGCAACAACAUCUUGUUGGAUGCUGAUUAUGAGGCUCGUGUCUCAGACUUUGGCACGGCAAGAUUAUUGAGGCCAGAUUCGACCAACUGGACUACUAUUGCUGGCACCGUCGGAUACAUCGCUCCAGAGCUAGCUUAUUCCAACAUUCCAACCGAAAAAUGUGAUGUAUAUAGCUUUGGAGUUGUGGUACUGGAGACAAUCAUGGGAAAGCAUCCGGGAGAUUAUGUCUCGUCAGUAUUUUCAUCCACUCAAUCCAUGUCGCAAACACCAUUGAAGGAUGUGCUGGACCAACGGCUCUCGCCUCCAACGAACCGGGAUGCGCAACACAUAAUGUCUGUCGCAGCACUAGCACUCGCGUGCUUGCAGACCAAUCCUCAACUUCGACCGACCAUGACACAAGUCUCACGAAAGCUUCGAGUUGAAGCACCACCGGUUUUGCCGUUCUUUGGAGUCACCUUCGAACAACUCCGUAGGGGUUUAAUAUAA